GACCCGAUGACCCAUACACCUCACACCGGCCUUGACAAGCGAGAGUGCGAGACUGGAGCACAAAUCGUUUUACCCGAUUAAGCUUCGAUUCUACACUGCUUUUCUGAUCUUGGUUCGCAAGCGGUGAUCGAAAUUCAUUGACUCAAUCUCUGUGGAGCAAAAGCUGCGGCGGACGGAGAUGAAGAAGGAAGAUACAGUCAAGCUAAUCAGCGCCGAGGGCUUCGAAUUCGUGAUUGACAAGGAGGCUGCUAUGGUUUCUCAGACCAUCCGGAACAUGCUCACUUCUCCAGGGGGUUUCGCCGAGACGGAGCACCGGGAAGUGACUUUUCCGGAGAUUAGCACCACCAUUCUCGAGAAGAUCUGCCAGUACUUCUACUGGUCCCUUCAAUACGCAAGGGGGAAGGAGACUGAGUUCCACAUAGAGCCCGAGCUCACUCUGGAAUUAAUGAUGGCUGCGAAUUAUUUGCACACCUGAGGACUCUGCCACCUUGGCAACAACUCCCGGAUGGUUUCAUCACCCGAGGUAUAGAAUCAAGUGCCAUGUCUGGCAUUUCCUUCAGGCAUGGGCGUUUAGUACUCUUGUCAUUUAGCACUAAGAUUGAAAUUGUAACAUUCUAGACACUGGAUUGGUGAAGUCAUUUUAGACUAUAAAUUGUCUGACAAACUUCGACAACAAUAUUAAUGUGUCUGCAUAUAAAUCUGUCUCUGUUUUACACUUUUACUUGGAUUCUUCUAAUUCUGGUGUAAAUACUUGCAGUAUUGUACUAUUGUGUUUUGGUAAUUUGAGAACAAA